AUGUUCUUUACUGCUGGUUUGCCUUUUAAUUUAGCAAGAAAUCCGUAUUACAUGAGUGCCUUUACCUAUGCUGCUAAUCAUAAUUUGACUGGUUAUAUCCCACUAGGCUACAAUAAGUUGAGAAUUGUACAAAUUCAACAAGAGAAGGAGAAUAUAGAGACACUAAUGCAACCCAUCAAAAAUACAUGGAGGGAGAAAGGAGUCACUAUUGUUUCUGAUGGUUGGAGUGACCCACAAAGAAGACCCUUAAUUAAUUUUAUGGCUACUUCUGGAUGUGGUCCAAUACUUAUUAAAUCUGUUAAUUGUUUUGGUGAGGUUAAAGACAAACAUUUUAUUGCUGAUCUUAAGAAACAAGUAAUUGAUGAGGUUGGAGCUAUGAAUGUUGUUCAAAUAAUUACUGAUAAUGCUCCAAAUUGCAAAGGUGCGGGAGAAAUCAUUGAGAGCAGAUUUCCUUGGAUCUAUUGGACACCUUGUGUUGUCCAUACUUUAAACCUUGCUUUGAAAAACAUUUGUGCUCCAAAAAAUUUAGAUUCUAAUCAAGAAACAUAUGAUGAGUGUCAUUGGAUUACUGAAGUUCAUAUGAGGACGCUAUUCAGGAGAUUUAAGCUUAUUCGUCGUGCUCUUGAAACAAUGGUAGUAAGAGAGGAAUGGACGAGUUAUAGAGAAGAUGAUCAAGGCAAGGCUAGGUUUGUGAAAGAAAAGGUAACAAGUGAUGCAUUAUGGGAGAAAGUAGAGUACAUUGUUGCCUUCACUGGACCUAUAUAUGACAUGAUUAGGAUUUGUGAUACUGACAAACCAACUUUGCAUUUAGUGUAUGAGAUGUGGGAUACUAUGAUUGAAAAGGUGAAGCUUGAAAUUAUACUCAUGAAGGCUUGCAACAUGAUCAACAAUCUAACUUCUAUGAAGUUUUAUAGUGAUAUGUGGCUUCAUGAGGAUCCUGAUAGAGUAUCAUCUCAUAGUGAUGCAGAAAUAUAUGAAGGGAGGAUUAAGUGUUUCAGAAAGCUUUUUCCAGAUCCUCAAGAUUUUAAACAGGCUAUGGAAGAAUUUGGGAUGUUUUCUUUCAAGUCAGGACCAUAUACAGGUGGAGAGAACUUACAUUGUAGAAGCACCAUGGAUCCUAUACUCUGGUGGGCAAGUUUUGGUUCAUCUACUCCUAUUAUACAUGUAUUGGCUUUAAGAGUUCUUGGACAACCUACUUCUUCAUCAUGUUGUAAACGCAAUUGGAGCACAUACAAUUUAUUCAUUUACUAA